AUGGCAAAUUUACCGAUAAUAGGUAUUUACAAGGUUUUGUACAGUUAUGAACCAGAACCAAUCGAUCCAAAUGAACAAAUUCCAGAAACAGAACGAGAAUUGUUCAUCGCGGAGGACGAAAUUGUUUGUCUUCUGCAGAAAGGCGAGGAUGAUUGGUAUCUAGUCAAACGAAAUAUUAAUAGUCCUGACAAAGAUGAAGAAACGGGUAUUGUUCCUUCGAACUAUAUUGCAGAGGAUGAGCCUUCAGCAAGGAUGAAAAGUCUCUACGAUUACGAAAAGCAAUCGAUAGAUGAGGUUUCGUUUCCAGCCGAUCAGGUGUUGGAUGCUUAUGGAAGCACUAAUGAGGAUUGGGUUUUAACAAGAUACAAUCAGCAAUAUGGACUUGCCCCGAGAAAUUAUCUUGAACCCAUGGAUGCAGCUGCCUCUACGUCGGUACCGAAUGCUCCUGCUGCACCAGCGGCACCUUCUGGAGUAGAGUCUGAACCACAACCUGCAGCUUCUCAGCAAGCACAACCACCACCACCACCACCACCAAUACCUCCUCUUCAGUCACCUACAUCUGUUUCCUCACCUCCUCCACCUCCUCCAGUCCCUCCAUUACCUCAAGACUACGCAACCCCACCAACUAACGUGGCUCCUGCUGAAGAAGAAGAUUUGUCCGAUGCUGACGAACCUGAUGACUAUUAUACUUCAGACAGAGAGCGAGAAGUUCCUCCUACAUAUACUCAACCGCAAACCGACACCUUACCACCACCACCACCACCACCUGCACCCGCCGUACCUCCUGUUGCGAAAUCUGUUUCUUCACCACCACCACCCCCUUUGCCUCCCGUGCAGCCUCCAAGACCUAGUGUAAGCAAUGUCACGGCUACUCCUACUCCAAGACAAUCCAAUAUCUAUUCUGAGGCACCUUCCUCUCCCACGUCUCCAUCAGAUGCUUACGGAGAUCCUGGCCGACAUAUUAAACUUCAGUCUGGAAGGACUCAAGAAGAAAGUAGUGUGGAUGAACCUCCAACCUUUGAUGAUCCUGCCUAUAGGAAAUGGGAGGUUCGUGAAGUCGUUGGAAAGAAGAAGAAGCGGACUGGAAUUCUUGCUAUUAAUAAUAAAUCCGUUGUUCUUACCUUCACAAAGAGCAUGGAAAAUGCGGAAAUCUUUUCAGUUACAGACCUGAUAAAUUAUUCUGCUGAAAGAAAGCACGUCUUUGUCGAAUAUAAACGAGAUGAGGGGAUUAGUUCCUUACAUUUGCAUGCUAAUAGUAAUGGGAAUGCAGAUAGCAUUAUUCGUACAUUAGGCGAUGUUGCUGGAUCUGCCAGAGCAGCUGGUCUUCGGGAAAUUGCUGAAGCUAGUGGCAAACCUAUGCCCAAUUUGCCAUCUGAUUCUGCCUUGUACAAGUUGAACGAGGCUUCUGAAAAAUCCGGAGCUAGUGGUGGAAGAGCCGGAGUAUAUGAACCUUCCACUGUAUACAACAGUGGUAAAGCACCUGUUGACGAAGGAACAUCGAAUGCUCCUUCUCCUGGCGAAAAGAUGGGUACCAUCGUUUAUGGAUUUGAAGCAGAAGCACCUGAUGAGUUGACUGUCAGUGCAAAUGAUAGAGUUGUUAUUGUAAAUGAUACCGCUAGUAGCGAUUGGUGGAAAUGUCGUUUAAAUGGCAAAGAGGGUGUCGUUCCAGCUAGUUUUAUCAAGCCAGAUGCUUCCGAGCAUGAGAAAACUGCUUCGAAACCUUCUCAUGGAAGCUUGUCGAGAAAAUCUUCUCGACACGAGCAGAAAGAGGAACCAAAGCACGAAAAGAAGGAUGGUCGUAGAAGAUCUCGUAGCCAUUCCGUGGUCAAGCCCGAUGAGACCAAACUUCGCACUUGGACCGAUAGGACCGGUGCUUUUAAAGUUGAUGCUGAGUUUUUGGGUUUCAGUGAUGAUAAAAUUCACUUGCAUAAAUCGAACGGCGUUAAGAUUUCCGUACCAAGUACGAAAAUGUCGUACAAAGACCUUGAUUUUGUGGAACUUAUGACUGGUAAAAAGGUCUAUUCUAGGUCUGAACGACGCAAGGAAACGCAUAAGGAACCCCGUAAUAAACAUGUUGAAGAACAUGAUGCGGAUAUCCCUCCACCUCAACCAGCUCGUCCUCAAAGCAGACCAACUUUAGCUCCCCCUAUAGGCACUGAAGCUAAAGAUAAAAUAGAUGUAAUCGAGGAAAGACCUAAAAUUACAUACGACUGGUUUGAUUUCUUCCUUCGUUGUGGUGUUGAUUUCACUGUCUGUAAUCGCUAUACCCGUAAUUUUAACAAUGAGCAUUUGGAUGAGUCAUCCAUUCCUUCAUUAACACCCGAGAUGCUGCGAACAUUAGGCCUUAAAGAAGGUGAUGUGAUUCGUGUGAUGAAGCAUGUAAACGAAGUUAAUGGGGUAUCUUCUAGCCCUGCUGUUUUGAGACCUUCAGUUACAGAACAGAAAUCUGUGCCUCCUUCUCCAUCUACACCUGAAGCGCAAGCUCCAGAACCCACACCCCAGCCUGCUGCCCCAAUGAAUCAACAGUUCGAAGACGAUGCAUGGUCAAAUAAACCAAUUAAAGAACCCACUAUAAGGUCGUCCUCAGUUCCUCAACAUAAAACCGAACUGGAAUCGGAUAUGCAAAAAAUGGAUUUGUCCGAAAAAGAGAAAACUCCUGAACCUGCUCCUCGACCUUCAUCUGUUCCAGCUCCAACUGUUUCCGACAAAAAGGUUGAAGAUAGGGAAAAAUCAUCUCAACCAUCUUUAGCACCACAGCCUACUGGUAUUACUAUUCAAAAUGCUUAUUUUACAGCUCCUCCUCCUGCUUAUUCAGAUCCUUUUCAAUCCCCUCUGUACGUCCAACCAACAGGGUUUCAACCACCUGCUAGUGCUUUACCUGCUCAACCUACCGGUUUCCAAGCUCAAAUGCCGCCCUUAUCGGUGCAGCAAACUGGAAUUCAACAACCGAUGAAUUAUAUAGCUUCUCAACCUACUGGUCUUAAGACCCAACCAACCGGUUUCUCCGCUCAGCCCACUGGGAUGCAAUAUCAACCAACUGGUAUGAAUAGUCAGAUGACCGGUAUUGGGAUGCAGCCAACGGGAAUGCAGUAUCAACAAACUGGAACUAUGCCUCAGCAGUUUAAACCCACAAUGCCUCAAAGCACUGGUCAACAACAUGACAUGUCUAACAUGCAAGGCCAGAGGAUGGAUCUAGCCUCUCAACCUACCGGUCUACAAAGUCAGUAUACUGGUUAUCAGCAACCUUUCACUCCCACUCCUAUGCAACCGAGCUAUGGGUAUAAUAUGCAACCUAACGUUAAUGACCAGUCAAUGUAUUAUAAUGUUGCGCCCACUCCAUUUGCAUAUGAGCAACAAAAUAUGUAUGCACCUAUGGAUCAACAAGCUUAUUAUGGAACGGACAUGCAAGGUCAAAUGGGAAUGCAACAUCCUUAUAUGCAAAACUACUAUGAUCCUUCACAACAAAUGGCCUAUGGUUAUGAUACCAACGGGUAUGAUGCAUAUGGUGCUGCAUAUGGAUAUGGUCAGCCUUAUGGGGGUAUGCCGAAUCAGAUUUCAAAUGAUCCGGUUUCUAAUCCAGGUUUAUAUAUGCCUUCGGGCUACGAAAAUAUGCAACAGCCUUCUGAUUACUAUCAACCUUCUUUUACUACAGUCGACCAUAACGAAAAUCCCAAUGCCAGAAAAGCGAGCAUAGCUCAAGCUACGCCAGAUAAUCCAUUUGGAUUUUGA